CUCUCGCGGCCGGCCCCUGGGGCAACGCAGCGCGCACACCGCACAGCGCUGCCGGCAUGCCGCUCCCGCGUGCGCGAUGCCACUUUGUCCCAGAGAGCGCCGCAUGAUGGGAGCGCUGAUGGGACAGAGGAGCAGGCCGGCCGGCAGCACGCGGCACAGACAGCUCCAGGACCGCCGCCGUGCACGAAGAGCAGCAGGCCAGAGCAGCAUCAGCCAGCGCCGCACCCAAGAGCCUCCUCUUCUCGCCGCUCCCGUCCUUCUCACCACACCAUCCGCCAUGCUCGCCUCGCCCGUCACGACGCCCGGCGACCUGCCCUGGCUGCACGCCACGGCCGCCUCCAACGCCUGGCUCCACGCCCUCGCCUCGCCCGACCACUUCAGCCACUCGACGGCGGCGCCGCGCAAGCUCGCCCUGCGCCUGCCGCGCGCCAGCACCGUCGCCGCCGCCACGGCCGCCGCCACGUCGCCGCGCCCACGCACGCCCAGCGACGCCGCCCUCUUCGGGCCCUCGGCCUGCGACGAGGCGCAGCCGUGGGACGCGCCGUGGCUCGGCAGCGGCCGCAGCGACGACGCCACGUCCGACGACGACGACGCCGCCACGCCCGUGCGCGCCACGUUCCACCACACGCUGCCGCGCCGCAUCGCACAGCGCAAGGCCGCCGACGCCCUCGCAUACAAGGGCACCACGUCGCUGCUGCAGCUCAGCACCGUCGACCUGCCCAUCGAGCCCGUGCGCGCCGCCGUCGGCUCGCCGGCACCGCGCCUGCGCCACACGCGCACCUCAGAGGCGCCCAGCCGCACCGCGCCCUCGUCGCCCUCGUCGACGCUGCGCUGCUCGCUGCGCCGCAACCACGUCCGCACCAACUCGGCGCCGCACGACGCCGCCGACGCGCCGCCGCCGCCCGCCGCGCCCGGCCUGCACGUCGACACGGCGCUGCCCGUGACGCUGCCGCCGCGCACCCUCUGCGUACCCACCGUCGAGCCGCUCGCCUUCCCGCUCGCCGAGUGGGCGCAGGACGAGCAGCGUACGGGAGCUUCUGCGGUCGCCAGCACCUCCGGCGGCGCACCGCAGCUGCAGCGCACGCUCAGCGGCGUCAGCAUCGGCUCGAUGAGCGGCGCCGAGAGCGACGGCAGCUGGCAUGGCGAUGCCGGCGACGACGACCCGGAUGCUCAGCUCGCUGCUGCCAACGCCCGUGCCGUGCUGCGCGGCCACCGCCGCCCGCGCCCGCGCGUCGCCGCCGCCGUCUCGGCCGUCGCGACGGAUGCACAGCGCCUGGCCGAGCGAGCAGAGGAGGUCUCGCAGGACAUGGAAAUCGCGCAGCUCGCCGGCGGCGUCGUCGAGGCGCUCUCGACGCUGCUCGAGCUGCCGCUCGUCGUCAUCGGCCUCUCUGCACGCCUGCUUGGCUUCGCCAAGGAGGUCGUGCCUGUGCCGUCGUCGCCCUCGCCGGCGCCGUCGCGUCUUCCGCUGCCCGCCGCGCUGAGCCGCAGCUCAAGCAUCGAAUCGCUCGGCUCGCUCGCUCGCAUGCCGUCGCUCAGCCACUCCGUCUCCUCUCUCUCAUCCUCCGACGACGAAGACGACGAUGCCUUUACGCUCGCCAACGAGGCCCAGCGCGCCGCCGCCUGGCGUGCGCUCGGCGCCACGCCCGAGGAGCCGUCUGCCGAGGUCAAGCUUGCCGCUCGCCGUCGCCGCAUCGCCCUCGCCACGCUGCGCCGUGCACAGGCCGACUCGCUCCGCCUCACGCCCCUCGUGCAGCAGCGCGCCGACAGCAAGGCGCGCCGCGGCGGCUCGGCGCCCGUCAGUCCGCUGUGGGACGAGAGCGAGCCGGACGUCACGUCGUACGAGCGCAGCUGGCCCAGCCUCUUCGGCCUCUAAGAGCAUUGGCUCAUCGUCUCACCACGGUCCGACAUGCACGACCUUCUCCACCUCUCGCCAUCUCCGCCUGAUCUCUUCUCACGAUCUCACGACACCAUCUCACGUCUCCCUUCUCCACUGCUACCAAGUCUCGCCUCAUCGCCUUGCCCGCUGCUACACCGCCAUCGACCUACUCGUCACCCUCGGUCCCAUGUCUCGUGCCCGUCAUCGCUGCACGUUCCGCACCUACAGCUCUCCAUCCUGCGUCACGUCUCCCAAGUCUCGGUUUCCUCCUCAUUGCCCCACUGAGAGAGUCCGCCGGUUGCUUCGCCGCCCCUAGGCUCCUC